AAAUCAUUCUUAUGUAAGUAGUGACUUAAAGAAAUCCAAAGAGAGACAUAGGGUUAUCCAAAGAGAAACAUAGGGUUGGCUUCUAGGAAUCUAAGCUUUUCUCUUUAUAUUUAGAAAGCCCUUUCUUUCAUGAUCUGUGUCUAUCUCGCAUUAAUCCAGAAACAUUAGAGCAGAAAAACACAAUAUUCAUGGGCACCCAACUUGCAAAUGAUCAAACAGUUGCCAUAACAAAGAGCGUGUCUGUGCAUCCCAAAUAUGUGCGCCCCCAGAAAGUUUUGAACCUCUCAAACUUGGACAGGCAGUGUCCAAGCCUUAUGUACACGGUUUCCUUUUACAAACCAUCUCCUUCUUACAAACAUUUGUCGCUUGAUUUUGUUUUUAACAGCUUGAAAUCUGGCCUGGAGGAUACCUUGUCGGUUUGGUACCCGGCAGCAGGUAGGUUGUGCCUGAACCAAAACGAUGGAAAGCUCGAUAUCUGGUGCAAUAAUAAGGGUGCAUUUUUAGUUGAGGCAGUGACGCAGAUUAAAAUCUCAGAGCUUGGAGACCUCUCUCAGUACAAUAAGUUCUUUGAGAAAUUGGUUUACAAGCCUCAUUCUUUUGGAAACUUCUCCCAGAUGCCGCUGGUUGUUGCUCAGGUUACCAAGUUUGGUUGUGGUGGCUAUUCAAUUGGUAUCGGUGUGAACCACUCGUUGUUUGAUGGACCUGCCACCCAUGAUUUCUUGAACGCAUGGGCUUCUAAUUCUGCUAUUAUGGAAGGAAAAGGAAGAGUUGAGCAGCAAAAACCACUGCAUGAGAGAGGGUCGACACUAAUGGUGGUCACCAACUGUCCAGCCCCAAAUAUGACUACAAAGUUAUCUGAAAAAUCAAGCUCGAGUAGGAAGAAGGCUGCAGCCAUAGAUCAUCUGUACCAGUUGAUAAUGCAAGCAGCUACUGAUCAAAGUCUUUCUGAUCAUGUGGGGUUCAUGAAUCAAAAUGGUUACCUUCUUAGGACCUUUCAUCUAAGCAGUGCAAUGAUAGAAAGCUUGAAGAGGAAAGUCUCGGGUAAGAGAGGGGGCAGCUUUUCAUGCUCAUCCUUUGAGGUGGUUGCAGCUCACCUGUGGAAGGCAAGGAGCAGGGCUUUGGGACUGAGGAGGGAAACUAUGGCGUGCUUGCAAUUUUCUGUCGACAUAAGGAACAGGAUGGUGCCGCCACUGCCAAAAGGUUUCAGCGGCAAUGCUUAUGUACUUGCCUCAGUUGCAUUGACGGCAGGAGCAUUAGAGGGAGAAAGCCAUGAAAGGAUAGUUGAGAAAAUAAGGGAAGCCAAAAACUCAAUAAGCAAUGAGUACGUGUAUGCAUAUGUUGAGGCACUCGAAGGUCCAAGACCUUCUGAUCUCCCUCCUCUAAAGGAGUUAACCAUGCUUUCUGAUUGGACCAGGAUGCCAUUUCACAAGAUUCCUUUCUUACAUGGAGAAGCAGCUUAUGCAUCUCCACUGGUUGCUCCAGUCCCACAGGUUGCUUACUUUAUGCAGAAUCCUGAUGACGAUAAGGGCAUUGAUUUAAGGAUUGGUUUGCUUCCACACUGCCUCAAAUCCUUCUCCGAGUAUUUCCUCAAUGUGUAAUAAAACCUCUCUCUCUCUCUCUCUCUCUCUCUCUCUCUCUCUCUCUCUCUCUCUCUCUCUCUCUCUCUCUCUCUCUCUCUCAUUUCGUUACUUAUCUCUUGGUGGUUUGGUGUAAUUAAGUGGUCUGUUAAAAAGGCUAAUGAUGAGUUUGUUCAAAAACUAGUUUCUCAUAUAUACAUGAUGAAAACGUCGUUUGGCAAGA